CGCAAAUUGUAGUCCACCCCUGGGCUUGCUGAAGGGAAAAACAGCUGAUUCAAAAUUCAAAGUCGCCAACAAAAAUAUUGAUUUGCAAUUAUUGUUGUUAAUUAGUAAAUUAGAGUAGCAUUUAGAGUUAGUCAUGGAUUUCACCGACUUUGAAGUGCGGAAGUGCCCACCUACUGUCAUGUACAUUCCCAAUUUCAUUACCUCCGAGGAAGAACAGCGUAUUCUAAGUCAGAUUGAACGUACCCCCAAACCGCGCUGGACACAAUUACUCAAUCGUCGCCUGGUCAACUAUGGCGGUGUGCCUCAUCCCAAUGGUAUGAUAGCCGAAGAGAUUCCUGAAUGGCUACAAAGUUAUGUGGAUAAAGUUAACAAUUUGGGCAUAUUCGAAUCACAGAAUGCCAAUCAUGUGCUGGUCAAUGAGUAUUUGCCCGGCCAGGGAAUCUUGCCCCACACAGAUGGACCCCUUUUUUAUCCAAUCAUAUCAACAAUUUCUUGCGGAGCUCAUACAGUGCUAGAGUUUGCAAAGCGUGAAGGCAACGAAGAAGGAGAUCGAAAUGAAGAUCAUGCUGGGCGCGAAGUUCUUUUUAAACUGCUGCUGGAGCCUAGAAGUUUGCUUAUCCUGAAGGAUUCUUUGUACACAGACUAUUUGCAUUCCAUUGGUGAGACCAACGAGGAUACACUCUGUGAUCGCAUUUGCAAUUAUGAUCUUUGCGAGAACACCUACAAAAUUGGCGAUCAUUUGAGGCGACGUUCGCCACGCAUUUCCCUUACCAUACGUAAUGUGCCCAAAACUAGCAAAAUGAAGCUGAAAUUCUGUUAGACUGAUCCUCAGGGAUUAUGAUAAUAAGCAAUUUAAUAUUUAAUGUUAUUGCAAUUGUGUGUUAUUGCUAUUGGAAUCAAUGUUAACUAAAAAUAUGCACAACUUA